CACAGCUCACGUCAUGUUGGCGUCACGCGAGUGGGUGUAUCCCCUGUAGCACCGACACUUGUUGUAUUCUUGUGGUGUGAACCCCUGCGCUGCCUCCAGGACCUUCAGCGCACUCAAAGUUUUCCUGCAUGCAGCAGUUCCACAGAGCAGGAUCUACGAGGAUGGGUGUUGAUGUUUAACAAUUAAGUCUCAUCAUUUUCAUUGAUUUAUUUAUAAAGAACAUUUGACAUGUGAUAAUGUGGCACUUAAAACGUGUAGAAAGAAUUAUUCGUUGCAGUUAUGCAUUUAAAAUCUAAUGGGGCUGAAGGAUGGCGUGGGGGUGCCUGUCUGAAGCGUGAAGUGGGUGUAGUCUGGUGCCGACCGACGGCAUGCUAACACACAGCAAUCAUUAUCUGCAUUUCGUUCGUAAGUUUGUGGCUGUGAAUUAAUUAAUGCACGUCUCAGUGCGGACAUUACUGCACGAUCCUCUAUGCGUGUUUCAGUGUUUAAUUGUAGUACACCGUACUAGAAUUUAAACUUUUAAUGUGAUUUGAAGUUUUACUUUCUUGAAUAACAAUUAAUAUUUAUCUGUAUGGGAAAGUGAAUAAGGAAUAUAUAACAUUAUUAUUCGUGGUUUCUCACUACUCCCAUAGUUCUUUAAACGGAUAUAGGUGGUUUACCAUUUAGGAAGAAGAAAAGAAAGAGAGAUGAAGCUGUUACACCAUUAAUGAAUGUCUGGUGAAUUCGGUAACUCAAAGCAUUAGAGCACGAAUCUGAAGAUUGUGUGAAUGUAAUUAAAAGUGCUUCUCUGUGUGUUUAUUACAGUGAGGAAUAUUGAAUACAAUUUAAAAUAGACUUCUCUCACCAGUACGUCAGACAACUUUGUAUUUAAAAUACUAGUGAAUUUUUAUUGCAAUGUAGAUAGGUACAAGUUUUCCUUGCAAUUCUCAGUGUUCGAAUUAUAAUGAUCGAAGUUUUACUGUGCUUUCGAGUUACGCGGUUUAAGUGAAUCUAUUAAAGCGAAAGACCCAGAGCAACUGCCGUUAUUACUUUCCCAGAAAAAAGAUUAUUACAGAUAUAAAAGUGAAAUUUGUAUGUGAUACUGUGCUAAUAUCAAGGCAUAGUCUAACGGAUCGUUCAACUUCCGCUGUGCGUUGUGUGAAACGGUGAAAUUUACGAAAUCGGUCAGUAUGACUCAUCGUCGACCAUUUUGUAGGGGAAUUCAUUCUUGCCCAGAGGAAAUGGUUCUUGGUACCUCAACGAGCAGCAUUAUGUAUUCAAACUGCCUGCUUCGUCAGCACUCAGUUCCUGCAGUUCUGUUUCUUCUCGUAAUCUUCGCAUUAGCCCUCAGUUCGGAUGCCGCCAGAGACAUCCCACUGUUCCACGUGACGGCCGUUGCAGGAGACGCCGUAUAUCUGCCAUGCGACAUAACAACGGACAGCGGCGACGCUGUUCUUCUAGUGCUGUGGUACCGUGAGGAUCUCGGCACCCCCAUCUACAGUGUGGACGCACGGGAACAGGAAUUCGGAAAGGCUGAGCGUUGGUCUGAUGAGAAUGUUUUCGCUAACCGCGCCCUCUUUAUGAUGGAGAAGAAACCCGCAGAACUUGGGGUUGACAACAUUCGGAAGGAAGACGCUGGAAUUUACCGCUGUCGGGUAGACUUCAAAAUGGCGCAGACGAGGAAUUCCAGGGUCAACCUCACCGUCAUUGUGCCGCCGGAGAAACUUGUAAUUGUGGAUGAGGAAGGAACGGAAAGGACUUCGGUCGUCGGUCCAUACUCAGAAGGCGCCGAUCUGGCUCUUCGCUGUGACGUGUAUGGUGGCAAACCUCGCCCUGUGGUCAAGUGGUACAGGAACGACCAAUUGGCAAGUAAUGUCUCCACUGCGGUCAAGACUAGCGUCGGCGGCCAUCUUGUCCGCAGCGAGAUCAUUGUCAGGAAUCUCGGUCGCCAAGAUCUGCACUCCCAACUCAAGUGCCGCGCUUCUAACAACAAUAGAACGCACCCGCUGGAGGCUACUGUGCACGUCGACAUGAACUUCAUGCCACUGGACGUGAGAAUCCUGGGGGCCAGCCAGCCUCUGUCUGAGGGCAGGAGGUACGACUUGCUUUGCCAGUCAUCAGGCUCCAGACCACCCGCCAGCAUUACGUGGAAGCUUGACGGGCGGCGGCUCGAGGGGACCAAGGAGACGACCUCAAAUGACGGCAACACGACAACCAGCACGUUGUCACUCACGCCGAAGAAGGAGGACGCGGGGAAGUACCUGUCCUGCCAGGCCAUGAACACCAUCUUUCAGAAGGAAGGUCUAGAGGACGGAUGGAAGUUGGAGAUUUAUUAUAUUCCCAUGGCGAGACUGCAGCUCGGCUCGUCUCUCAACCCCGAGACAAUUCGGGAAGGUACCGAUGUGUACUUCGACUGCCUGAUUCAAGCGCGACCGUCGGUUUAUAAAGUGGAGUGGCGGCAUAAUGGCCGGAUGCUCAACCACAACGUGGGGCAAGGAAUCAUAAUCAGCAACCAGAGUCUGGUGCUGCAGGGUGUGAGUAGGGCUAGCGCCGGUAACUACACCUGUGUGGGCCACAACACAGAAGGUGACGGGGAAAGCAACUACUUCUAUCUCAACGUCAUGUAUGCUCCAACAUGCAAGGCAAACCAGACACGUGUGCACGGUGUUGCAAAGCAGGAGAAGGCAAAUAUCUCUUGCCAGGUAGAGGCCAAUCCUCCCGACGUUCAGUUCCGAUGGACAUUUAACAAUUCUGCAGAGAGUCUGGAUGUGGCUUCAGCUCACAUUGCUAGGUCUGGCACCUCUAGUGUUGUCUCCUACACCCCUAUGACUGAACUGGACUAUGGCACACUCCUAUGUUGGGCCUCCAACCGCAUUGGCAACCAGCGAGUGCCUUGUGUCUUUCACAUUAUCGCAGCAGGUCGGCCAGAUCAAGUAUACAACUGUACAGUUUCCAACACGUCCAUGACAUCAUUUUCAGUGCACUGUUCACCGGGCUUCAAUGGAGGAAUGGAACAGUUAUUCCUUAUGGAAGUAAGGGAGUCUCAGAGCCAAGUCCUACAUUACAAUGUCUCCUCAACAGUUCCUAGAUUCAGCGUAACGGGACUUGAAGCCGGAUCACACUAUCAGGCCUGUGUGUACUCUUUCAACCACAAGGGCCGAAGUGAACCUGUUGUCAUACAGGCCUCCACACUAAGAUUGCCAGAGAAGCAGCUCACAUCAGAGAAAGAGCGACCACGUCCUGGGUUCCGCUUCACCCCAAUGAUGAGUGUACUGAUCGGGGUGGUGUCAGCACUGCUGAUAGUGGCCGUGGUGGUGGGUAUAGUGCUUCGCCUCCAGUGUUCACAUAAUGAAGAUCGCCGAAAGCAACAUAAAGCAGCAGCCCACGAGCAAAGAAAUCGAGGUUCCAGUUCUGGAGGUGGAGGCUCAGGAGGUGAGAAGGGAGGUAACAGCCCCAUCAAUAAACUUGACCCUGGAGGCACGGAGAGUGGCGACAGUGAUGAGAAGAAUCCCGACAUCAUACCACAGCCUAGCAAUGUUGAACCAGAGGCUCAUGCAGACUACGUCCGUAAACGUCAGCACAUAUCAACGAUUGAGACUACGUCGCCUUCGCGAAGCCUGCUGCAAGGGGCCCCUGGGGGAACUGCAGCCUACGCGGGUUACUGCACCCUUCGCAACGGUAUGCCCCUUCAGGACCUCAACAACAUAGGAAGCAAGCCUAAAAUGAAGCCUGGCGGCCAGGGCUCUUCGUACCAGUCGUCAGGCUGCACACUUCCUCGCCAGCAUUGGCCCACGUACACAUCAGGGAUCCGGCACCACCAGCAGGUGCCAGGAAGCUCCAUGUGCACCACUUCAUAUCCAUCCCCCGGAGCCGUAGCGUCGCUUCACCAUCAUUCACAUCCCCACCUGCAUCAUCAGGCUUCACUGUCUCAGCUACCCCCUGAAGCUACAGCAUCCAGCACCACAGCAGUUGUCAAAUCCCAGAAACAACCACUAUUACUGGCGGGUCCGGCGCUGGGAGAAGAAGAACUACCCACAGCAGAAACACCUCUAAUGGUCACGAAAAGGGAAAGUACUGUCUGACUAGUGACAAAGUUGUGAAAUCAUUAUUUGAUAACUGUAAAGACAAGAAGCUGUAAGACCUUGCCACGUUUACUAAGUGCGGGAUUUGUCAAGCAUACAGUUUUUAAAACUUUUAUAUCAAGUGCCCUUUUUUAAUCAUAACAGCCUAACAAAAGACAUUUAUAAUGGAAUGAGAUAUGAAUUCAAAAACAUAGUGUUAUUAAUGGUGUGUGUGAUUUCAGGUUAAAGAUUAUGGAUGUUCCUCUUUUGUCUGUUGUAACAAGAACCUGCAAGAACCAGUCUGUAACAUAAGGGAGCCCACGGAAGUAAUCUAUCGAACAAAAUAAUUGAAAUCAACGAAGAAAAGAUAAAUAUGAAACAUUUAACUCCUUAAGUGUACAAAGAGGUAACUUUUUGUGUUUUGAAAAUACUCAUACAACAUUCCCUCGAUAUUUUCUUUUGCACCUAAUUGUGAGUGUGAAAAUAAAUAACCUUGAACUUUUCAAGAAUCA